AUGUCCAACCAGGCAUUGAGGUUUAAAGUCAAGCAAUUAUAUAGAACGCUGCUACACCUUGGACGAGAUUAUCCAAAAGGUGCAGAGUACUUUCGAUCUCGUCUUCAUCAAGCUUUCAUGAAAAACAAAGACAUAACUGAUGAAAAGGAAAUUGAGAUGCUCAUCGCCAAAGGGCAGUACAUCGUCAAGGAACUAGAGGCUCUAUACAUGCUCAGAAAAUACAGAACUCUCAAGAAAAGAUACUAUGAUGGGAACCAAUAG